AUGUCUUCCAAUCCAUCUGAUGCAAAUUUUGGGCCUCAUGUCGGUGAUAUAUCGUAUGCAAACGCACUUGACUCAACUAUCCCAAUUGAAAAUAAUCCAUAUAUUGCUAAAAUAUUAAAUAUAAUAUUUGGUAAAAUUAUAUAUUUUAUCAAACUUAUUUUUCAUCUAUUUUUUCAACGUAAAUUUAUUCUUCAUCGUUUAACUGGUCUAUCAUAUUUACUUCAAUAUUUUUUUGCAUUUUAUCUAUAUUUUAAAAAUUAUGAUUCAUUUAAAUCAUCAUUUUUAAUUUGGUCUUUACCGCUAACUGGUUUACUUCAAGCUACAACAGCUAUAUAUACAUUUACAUUUUUAUCACGUACAAAACGUGAUGCUGGUUAUUAUUCUGAUCGUGGUACUCUAUCGUAUCCAUUUAUUGUUGAAAAUUCAUUUUUUGCUUCAUUAUUAUUAUUUCAAUGGUUAUACUAUUCAAAUAAAUUUUAUCCAUUUCUUACUUCAUCAAUUAUAAUUGAUAAUUUAUUUGUAUUUUUACCUUAUAUUCCAAGACAAUUAUGGCCAAAAACAAGUUUUCGAGAUUCAUUAUAUAAUUCAAAUAAAACUAAAACAGACAAAAAUAAAAAAUUUUUUUUCAUUGUUACAUAUAUAACAAAAUGGUUCUAUGUUUGGGCAAAACAUUAUAUUGGAUUCUUUUUAAAUUAUAUUCGAUUUUUUAAUCGAGUUGAUCCAGAAAAUAUUUAUCAUAUUUAUUUAUUACUUUUAUUUGGUGCUUUUGCAACAACAAUAUCUAUAUUUCUUCAUACAUUAAAAUUUAAAGGUUAUUUGGGACCAAAACUAUCGUUUAUGAUUUAUAUGGUUUCAUAUUUAGCUACAUUUUAUUCAUUUAUACAAAUACGAAAUGAAUUCAUUGUAAAUAUAGAUUUAACCACAUAUGUAUUCAUUGGAUUAUUAUUAAAUUUUACAAAAUAUCAACAUGCAUAUCAAAUAUUCUUAAUGAUUCUAUUUAAUGCACAUAGAAACAAUAUGUUACCAAAUGAUAUUACAAAAUAUCUCUUCUUAUCAUAA